ACUUCCACUUAACUACAGCAGAUGGCAGUGUCGCUGUUGACUGUCCUUCAUCGGUUCCAGUCCCACUGAAGAAGAAGAACCAGCCCUCCGUGAAGCUAACAGCUAACACCCGUGAAGUAAAAAGGGAUGAAAGGUUAUGAAGGCCGGCUCAUGCGACAGGCAAACCAGGUUAAAGUAGCGGCUCGGCGUGCGGAGCUAUGGAGAAAAGCUUCGCUCAGUGGAAAAAGCAGUGCCUGAACAAAGCGGACCUGAGUAAGAAGGGCGCCGUGGACGAGGCCAUCGAGCACGUCGUGUCUCUGCUCAACAGCCGGGAGGAGUACUUCACCACCAGCUCCUGCUCUGGGAGAGUCAUCCUCAUCGACGGGGCUCCAGAGAGCAGUGCUGUCCAGAAACAGAACUGUGCCUGGCUGUUUGUCUCACAUCACAAGUGUACCUCAGAGGACCUGCUGUCUGCUCUGGCUGGGUGCUCCGGUGAUGCUGUGUUGAAGUUUGAGCCCUUUGUACUCCAUGUUCAGUGCCGACGGCUGGAAGACGCACAGCUGAUG